CCCAUCAUUAUCUCUACAUACACUCACCCACAUGAAUGUAUUCAUAAAUACUAUUGUAUAGUACUGGUCCAAAGAUCCAAGUUGCGAGAGAGAGAGAGAGAUAGUGAGUGCGGAGCCAAAUCUUGUGAAAUUUCUAGAAAAAGAAACAAUACAUUUUCUAGAGAGGAAAUAAAAACACUGUUCUAUUAAACAAAAAAAAGAAGAAAGAAGUGAAAGAUGAAGAUUUGGUGUGAUAUGUGUGAUAAAGAAGAAGCUUCAGUGUUUUGUUGUGCAGAUGAAGCAGCUCUUUGUAAUGGUUGUGAUCACCAUGUUCAUUUCGCCAAUAAGCUCGCUGGCAAGCAUCUCCGUUUCUCUCUCACUUCUCCUACUUUCAAAGAUGCUCCUCUCUGCGAUAUUUGCGGGGAGCGGCGUGCAUUAUUGUUUUGCCAAGAAGACAGAGCAAUACUAUGCAGAGAGUGUGACAUUCCAAUACAUCAAGCCAAUGAGCAUACUAAGAAACAUAAUAGGUUCCUCCUUACAGGCAUCAAGCUCUCAUCCUCUCCAUCCUCGUACCCGACGACAGCCUCCAACUCUAACUCUGCAGUGGCAUUGGGCCGGGCCAAAACUCGACCCAAAUCGGUAUGGGGGGAGGUCCCAAGCUCGGCCUCUAGUGAGGUAUUUGGGAGCUCUCAUUCCACGACUACAAGCAACUACUAUUAUGGGCUAGAGGAGCAAGCUAGCGAUUCGUGUUCUGGCAGUAUAUCAGAGUAUUUGAUGGAAACGUUACCGGGCUGGAGAGUGGAGGAUUUGCUUGAAGAUCCUUCCUGUGUCUCCUAUGAUGAUAUUUUUACUAAUAAUAAUAAAAAUGGGGUUUACCAUGGUUCUUCUUCUCAAUACGAGCAUCAAGGCUUUUGGGAACAAAAGCCCUUCUCCUAAAACCUUUUUUUUUAUUUUGUUGGUUGGACUCUUGUUUUUUUUUUCUCUUUGGUUGUUGGCUGGGGUAAUUACGAAUCCAAACCAACUUGUUGUCUCUGUUUCUCAUUUUAUCAUUUGUUUCCUUUUUUUCUAAUCUUUGUUUUUAAUAAGGAAAGAAUUCGUUUCUCAACAA